AUGGUCACGGCUGUGAGGGUUCUAUGCGGCGCCCUUGCCGUGGCGUCUGCGGUGGCCGGUAUGGCCACCCAGCGUUAUGCCGAAGCCUUCAAAGAUGCUCCGCCCGGCAUUAGCUAUAGGGUUGCCAAGGGCAUCCAUCCAUGGUCGUCCUCCACCAAGAUCACCAAGGCAAGCCGGCACGUCCAGCAGCUGCGUUCGGUUCACGCGGGCCGCAACACCAAGAUCAACCCUAGGUCAGCUGCUGCGAUCCUCGGUGCCCAUCAGCGCCUCGUUGGAGGGGUCGGGUACGAGAACAUCACCACUACCUCUGCGUACGGCACGCAGUACGCCGUCGAUUCCCUGUUCAACGGACAUCGCAUGUCGCUUAUUAUCGACACUGGAAGUUCCGACACAUGGGCCGUCCAGAAGAACUUCCAUUGUAUUGACUACUCGGGCGAGUUUCUGCCCCAGGAGAUUUGCGGCUUUGGUGAGACGUACCCCGAGACUUUUCAGUACGGCUUGACCAACCCGGAGUCGCACAUGUACAUUCAGUACGGCGACGGCGAGAUUGUCACUGGCCCCAUGGGAUUCUCCGACGUCACGGUCGGCGGCAUCACGGUCAAGCAGCAACAAGUGUGCCUGGCCAAUACCACGUAUUGGUACGGUAACAACCAAACAAGCGGCUUGAUGGGUCUUGCAUUCCCAUCCCUCACCAAUGCUUACCUCGGCAUUGGUCAGGGCCACGACCUCGGGAGCCAGGUGCAGUAUUCGCCUCUCUUUACCAGCAUGGUGAACCAAGGACUCGUCGAUCCUGUUUUCAGCAUCGCCAUUGACCGCAAUGCAUCCAGCGGCAUGCUCGCCUUCGGCGGAGUUGCCCCGGCCAGUGGUUUGGACACGACCCGGACCGCCGUUCUGGACAUGAUCAUCACGAGCGUGAUCGCCAUCCCUCAGACCGCCUACCAAUACUCCUUCUACACCAUCAUCCCGGAUGGUUGGUAUUACGACCAGACCACCAACACCAAGAAGAUCCCAUACAUCGUUGACAGCGGCACAACGCUCAACUAUCUCCCGUCGGGUCUUGCGGAUGCCAUCAACGCAUCUUUUGACCCACCUGCCGUUUACCUGUGGAUGUACGGUGCUUACUUCACUUCGUGUGAUGCUAGCAUACCUCAGGUCGCUGUGCUGCUCGAUGGCACCAAGUUCAACAUCAGUCCCGUGGAUCUUCUUUACCGCACCUUGGUGGAUCCUUUGACCGGACUGUGCAUGACUGCCAUUGCGGAUGGAGGCUCAGGCCCAUACAUCCUUGGCGAUGCGUUCAUGCAGAACGCUCUGGUCGUCUUUGACGUUGGCCAGGCUAAGAUGCGCUUCAUUCCUCGCCAACACUACUAA